AUGAGUCUCCCUUUCCGAGAUAUCAACGUCCAGGUGGCGACUGAUUCCUACACCUUCACCUCUCCUUCUUCUCCGAAUGCGCCGGCCCUCGUCAUCGACCGUCCCACCGGCGACCUGCGACUGAGCGAGGGUACUCCCUACCCGAACAAGCGUGUCUCGCGCGUUUCUAGCAUCGCCGGUAUUCUGGGCAUCAUCAAGCUCAGGCUGGACAAGUAUGCCAUUAUCGUUACCAAAGCCCAGCCCAUGGGCCGCCUAAAGGGCCAUAUGGUGUACAAGGUAGUUGCCACAGAGCUCCUGCCUAUGCGCGAGCGUCAGAUCAGAGAUCCGGACGAGGAUACUUUCCUUUCGCUGCUCAAGACCCAUGUCUUGCCAGGUCCUAUGUACUUCUCCUAUUCUCUUGAUCUCACCAACAGCUUCCAACGACAAGCUUCCAUGGACAGCUCGACCCCGCUGUGGCAGCGCGCCGAUGACCGUUUCUUCUGGAACAGAUUCGUCUCUACUGAUCUGAUCGACUUUCGCAAGAGAGGCAGCCGGUCACAGCCAGGCCCGCAGGUCGCGGCAGACCCUUUCAUCCUCCCUGUGAUCUGGGGUACCUUGGAGAUUCGCCCAACGUCUCUCAAGGGCACACCUUUUACCCUGGGUCUCAUCACCCGCAAAGCGCGCUACCGAGCCGGAACCCGAUACCUUACCAGAGGUCUUGAUGAAGAUGGACACGCUGCAAACUACAAUGAAACGGAACAAAUUCUUGUCCUGAACGACACUGGCAGUGGCCUUGGCGGCUUUGCAGGAAGCAAUGACAUGCAGAGCGGCAAAUUUGGGGCGUCAGAUGGCAAGGAAAUGCAGAUCCUUUCAUACGUGCAAACAAGAGGUAGUGUGCCAGCUUUGUGGGCCGAAGUCAACACCCUCAAGUACACACCCAAGAUCCAGGUCCGCGGUAUCGAGUCUGCACUACCGGCGGCCCGCAAGCACUUUGAGGAGCAGAUUCGUAUCUACGGCGACAACUACUUGGUGAACCUCGUCAACCAGGGCGGUCGGGAGAAACGAAUCAAGGACACCUAUGAGCAGGUGGUAGAGAAGCUCGUCUCCAAUCCCACUAGUGGCGUUGAGAGUAAUACUCGAACGGAUGAGAAGUUCCAUGUCAUUGAGCCAACCGCGUCAAGGCAGAGCUUGGACCGCCUGCACUAUGUCUACUUUGAUUACCACCACGAGACUAAGGGUAUGCAGAUGCAGCGUGCCAUGCUCCUGGUAGAGAGACUUCAAGAUGCUCUUAUUGCUCAGCAAUACUUCCGUGGCGUGGAUAUGCCCGCCAAUGGCGGCCUCGAGACACGCAACUUCCAGACGAGUGUGGUUCGGACUAAUUGCAUGGAUUCUCUGGACCGUACCAAUGUUGUACAGAGCAUGCUUGCUCGUUGGACCCUGGAUCGCAUGUUCGUCGAUCUCGGCAUUUUGGAAAAGGGCGAGACCUUCGCAGCCGUGGACCGGGACUUCUACUUCCUUUUCCGCAAUAUCUGGGCCGACAAUGCCGACACCGUUUCUCGCGCCUAUGCGGGCACGGGCGCCAUGAAGACAGACAUUACCCGUAUGGGCACGCGGACAAAUGCCGGCAAACUUCAAGAUCUCAAGAUCGCCAUCACGCGAUUCUACCUAAACAACUUCAGAGAUGGGCCUCGGCAGGAUGCCUACGACGUCUUCCUCGGAGCCUACGACGCAAGCUCGGCCAAUAUUGGUUCGGCGCUUGUCUUUGCCGAUCGAAGGCCCAUUCUCAUCCAGAGUAUUCCCUACAUUCUUGCCUUCAGCGUCUUUGUUAUCCUCGUGUCGAUGUUCACGCGCCGUGCCCCAGACGCCGCUGUACUGCCACUGCGACUGUUCGUUCUUGCCUGGUUGGUGGUGGCCGCGUGGUGUACACAAUUUAUUCUGAAGAACGGAAUGCUCUAUGUGAACUGGCCCAAGUUGAACCCGAGACCAUGGGCAGUCGAAGGCUACCAAGAGACAAUCUCCAAGGUUCGAAAGGACAAGCUACUGGGACCCUUCGUCGCCAAGCAUGAGCGCGGACUGAGCACGGCUAGGUAUCUCAGCGCCGAGGAGGGCAAGAAGAGAAUCGAAUAA